GCGAAACAGCGCCCCUAUUUCAACCCCGCGGCUUCCGCUUCCGCCUCCUCUUCCGGCUCGGGCGGCGCCAGGGUGUGAAAAAUGGUGCAGCGCCUGACCUACCGCCGUAGGUUGUCCUACAACACAGCUUCCAACAAGACCAGGCUGUCCCGAACGCCCGGGAACAGGAUUGUUUACCUGUACACCAAGAAAGUAGGGAAGGCACCAAAGUCAGCGUGCGGUGUAUGCCCAGGAAGGCUUCGCGGUGUCCGUGCUGUGCGCCCUAAAGUUCUCAUGCGGCUGUCAAAAACGAAGAAGCACGUCAGCAGAGCCUAUGGCGGUUCCAUGUGUGCUAAGUGUGUCCGCGACAGGAUCAAGCGAGCUUUCCUCAUCGAGGAGCAGAAGAUCGUGGUGAAAGUGUUGAAGGCACAAGCACAGAGCCAAAAGUCCAAGUGAAUCGAUUUGUAUUUUCUGCCCAAUAAAUGAGAGUUCCACUUUC